GCCGCAAUGAGUUCACAAGCUUCCAAACCUUCUAAACCCUCAAAACCUCCAAACUCUUCGAUCACAACAGCAUCAUCACAAGCGUCAAGAUCAUCCUCUUCCUCUCUCUCUUCCCACCUCGCCAUGGUUGAACUGAAGCAGAGAAUCCUCAACUCCCUCUCUAAGCUCUCCGACCGAGACACAUACCAGAUCGCAGUCGAAGACCUCGAGAAGAUGAUCCAAACCCUGUCCUCUGAUGGCAAUGGCGUUUCAAUACUCCUCAAUUGCCUCUACGACGCUUCCAAUGACCCUAAACCCGCUGUCAAGAAGGAAUCCCUGCGUCUCCUUGCCCUCCUCUGUACCACCCACUCCGAUUACACUUUGACCCAUCUCACCAAGAUCAUUGCCCACAUUGUCCGGCGACUCAAAGACUCUGAUUCCGGCGUUCGCGAAUCCUGUCGUGAUGCCAUCGGAACAUUAUCGUCUCAGUACCUACGGGGUGAUGCUGAUAAUGGGAAUAUUGGAUCGGUCGUGUCAUUGUUCGUGAAGCCUCUGUUUGAGGCAAUGGGAGAGCAGAAUAAGACGGUCCAGGCUGGCGCCGCAAUGUGCAUGACCAGAAUGAUUGAGUCCGCUGCGAACCCGCCUGUUGCUGCAUUUCAGAAGCUGUGCCCCAGGAUCUCAAAGUUCCUUAACAGUCAGAAUUUCCUCGUCAAGGCUGCCCUUCUGCCUGUUGUCGCUAGUCUUUCUCAGGUAGGGGCAAUUGCACCACAAAGCUUACCAGUAUUUCUGCAAAGCAUCCACGAGUGCCUUGAAAGUACAGAUUGGGCAACACGUAAGGCUGCUGCCGAUACAUUGACUGCCUUAGCAUCACAUUCAAGCCACUUGAUUGCAGAUGGGACCACUUCCACGAUAACAGCCCUUGAAGCUUGCCGAUUUGAUAAGGUGAAACCUGUCAGAGAUAGCAUGACUGAGGCACUGCAAUUGUGGAAGAAGAUUGGAGGGAAGGGAGUGGAUGGAAUCCCAGAUGAAACUAAAGCUGUGAUUCAUGAUGGUAAAAGUUUGGAGUCAACUGAGUUGGCUGGUAAGUCAGAUACGAUAAAGUCAAAUCCUGGUGAGGCAAGAAUGGAGUCUUUGGUGAAGGAGACAUCUAAUGGUUCCUCCCCUAAUUCUGAUUCUCUUUCCAAAACUAAGGGUGGCAGUAUUUCAGACAAAACAGUUGGGAUAUUGAAGAAGAAAGCACCUGCAUUAACUGACAAAGAGUUAAACCUGGAAUUCUUCCAGAAACUUGAAACCAGGGGUUCAGGUGAUUUGCCUGUGGAAGUCGUGGUCCCUCGCAGAUGUCUUAAUCUUUCCAAUUCCCAAGAUGAGGGAGAAUUGGAGCCAACUAAUAGAGAUCCAAGGGACAGAUUAAAUCAAAAUGUGGACCCUGAAACAGAUCUUCAGGGUUCUGGCAACAUUAAAUACCGUAACCUUGAUAGAGGAGCUGCUGGUCAGUUCAAUAAACUACUAGAUCCUGAUGAACCUGCACGGGAUAAAUGGAAUGAACAGAGAGCAUUGAGAGGAAAAGACCUGAAUGCUAUUGGGCCAUCUGAACAGAGACCAUUGAGGGGAAAAGACUCGAAAGCCAUAGGGUUUGAUGUUGAUGACGGGAAUGGAUUUAACGAGAGGGAUGAUUCUAGUGCACGUGCAUGUUUUGCAAAACUUGAAGGCCUUUCUGAAGGAUCUCUCAUGAAUAGCAAAGGAAAUUGGUUAGCUAUUCAAAGGCAGUUAGCACAAUUGGAGAGGCAACAAGCCCACCUCAUGGACAUGUUGCAGGACUUUAUUGGUGGGUCCCAUGAAAGCAUGAUAACUUUAGAGAACAGAGUCCGGGGUCUUGAGAGAGUUGUUGAGGACAUGGCACGGGAUUUGGCGAUAUCAUCAGGUAGAAGAGGUAGUAACUUUAUGAUGGGAUAUGAAGGUUCUUCUGGUAGGCUCUUCAGCAAGUAUAAUGGCCUCCCUGACUACACUAGCACCAAGUUAGGCAGAGGCAGUGAUGGGCGGAUUCCAUUCUCAGAGAGGUUCCUCUCAUCUGAUGGUAUUGUUUCAGGAGUGAGGGGAAGGGACCCCCCUUGGAGACCUGAGGUGUCUGAUGCAUGGGAUUCUUACAACCACGGUAGUUCUAGAAAUGGGAAUAUGGGCUCUAGAAGAGCCCUAGGUGGUGGUUCAAAUGAUGGCAGAUCACCUAUAGCUGAACAUGAUAGCGAUCAGGUUGGUGGCCGGAGAGCUUGGGACAAGGGGCCUGGACCUGUUCGGCUCGGUGAGGGGCCUUCUGCAAGAAGUGUCUGGCAAGCAUCAAAGGAUGAGGCUACUCUGGAAGCAAUUCGGGUGGCUGGAGAAGAUGGCGGAACAUCUCGAGCAGCAAAAAAAUUUGCUAUUCCAGAAUUAACUGCUGAAGCUUUGGGAGAUGAUAAUGUAGGUCAGGAUCGGGGGCCCAUCUGGGCUUCUUGGAGUAAUGCCAUGGAAGCACUUCACAUAGGUGAUAUUGAGUCAGCAUAUGCAGAAGUUCUGUCUACAGGGGAUGAUUUUUUGCUUGUGAAGCUGAUGGACAGAUCAGGCCCUGUAAUUGAUCAGCUCUCUAAUGAAAUUGCAGCUGAGGUCUUGCAUGCUGUAGGACAGUUUGUACUGGAACAGAACUUGUUCGAUGUUGGUUUCUCUUGGAUUCAACAGUUAGCUGAUAUGGUGAUGGAAAAUGGACCUGACAUUUUGGGCAUUUCAAUGGAAGGCAAGAGAGAGAUCUUGCUCAGUUUACAUGAGGCCUCUUCCACCAUGGAACUACCUGAGGACUGGGAAGGUGUCACACCUGACCAGGUGAUGUUGCAGUUAGCAUCAGCUUGGGGAGUUGAUUUACAACAGCUUGAUAGAUAGUGCCACAGUAGUCCAAGUGUUGGUAUUGUGUAUUUUAUGUAUACUUUGCGUCCACUUGGAUAUGUUAGAUAAUGUAUUAUUAUUCUCACGCAAUUUAAAUUGCACAUCAUAUUUUUUUUCCUUUUCAUUUUCAUAUCAUUGUUUUGAUGCCAAUGAGGCUGGGAACCUUUAUAAUAUAAACAAUUUCAUGACUCCU